CUUCAUGUCACAGUCCCAGCACCACAGUGUGCUGCCGUUGUGGAUGCUUUACUGAAGGCAAGAAGGACUAAAACGCAACAUGUCCCAUCAGUCAGAAACAGCAUCUCAGUGAGGAUCUCAAACUGCGAAAACUUACAGUCGGUUUACAAGCUGGAAGGGACAGAAAAGUUUACUUGUGAAUGUAAUUAAGGGAGUUUUUGUUCUAAAGCAAAAUCAUGUUCACAACCUACAUAAAGAGUCUGAAUGAUAUGGUAUUUUCUACGUCUGAGAGCCCAGAGGAGCAGCCGAGUACUGGAGUCUUGGGUCGUAUUGGCAGUUGGUUCUCUCCAUGGAGGGGAAAGGCACCAAAAAGUCCCUCUGAAAAUGAUUCCCCAACUAAUGAUCGCAGUCUUAAAUCAGAGGGAGAGGAGGAAAGUGAGGAGUUUGUGAGUCCUCAGGCAGGGGGACAGCAGUGGGACAAGGAGGAGGAGAAUCCCAAUCCACUGGGUCUCUUCAGAGACAUUUUCCCCUGUGAAAAGGAGGACGCCACGCAGUCUGCCCACAGAGUCGGCUCUGUUGUGAGCAGCACUCAGACACGAGAAGGAGGUCCAAAAGAGGAGGAGCUCGCGGAGAGCAGGAAGCAGAGAACAGGGCAGGGCAAGGAGAGGGAGGAGAGCAGUAACGGUGCUUCAGCGAGUGGGAAUCCUGAAAAGAAUGCCAGUCAUCUGACACAUCACUCCUUCCCUUCUAAACAGGGAGUGGUAUGGCACUCUGACCAGGCCGACACCCAGCCUCAGGCCCAGAGACGAGCACAGGCCCAGACAGGCAAGAGGCUCCAUGUGUACCUGGAGGAGACCAGCGUGAUUCACUGUGGCAAAGACAAGCGUGCUGGUCAGGAAGUCGUCUGCACCACGGUCACGAAAAGCCUCCAGGUCCUCCCCAAGGCAAAGUCACUGACGAGACUUGAUGUACCAGAUAGCCCAAGUCAAGGAAGUGCAGAGCACGAAAGGACAAAAGUGGUGUCCACUGUUGGUGCACACAGUUACUACAGUGCUGUAGUGGGAGGGUCAUUAAAAUCACAAAAAGACUCACAGUUAGAACCUGCUGAAGAACAAACAGAAGCUGACAAUAUGGGGCGUAAAAACGCAUCCAGGAGGAAAGUUAAGAAGAACUCUCAGGGAGAUGGAGGGAGUAGCCCUUUGGACAAAAUGUCCCCUAACGCCCAGCCUAUCCCACAGGGAAAACCUGCAUCCAGUGACUCAACAAGCAAUUCUCAGGGCAAAAGUCCAAAGACUCACGUGAGAGAGGCUUCUGCAGGCUCCUCCUCCAAGCCUGACUCCACCUCACAGGCCUCACCUGAGGGAGGAGGGGGAAGUAAGGCUUCCUGCCCUGAGUCCAUCAAGCAGUUGGACAACUUCCAAGACUCAAAAUCAGUCGCUGCAGAGACUCAGGCAUGUGUGCUGGAUGGUGGCACAGACAUGGAGGACGAUGACAGCCUGUACAAAGUGGAACGGAAGACGGAGACACCAGAGUCCAAACGCAGGAGUAUUAAGGUUUCUAGGAGCGAAGUGAAGGUUUUUCCAAAAUAUGUGCCUUUCAACCCAAAACAAAGUCCCGUGGAAGAAACCCAGGAAACUAAUGCAACAUUAGAGGAUACCAAAGAUGAAGCAAAGGAUAAGUUCAAAACAGAGACUGACUCAAGAACACGUGGCCCGAAGACAGCAGAUGAGGAGCCAAAGCAAGCUGUUGGUCGGAUUGCAGAUAAAAUCAGCCUCUUUGAGCAGCAGCGACCGUUUGGGGGCAACAAGCAAACCUUCCGAACCCCAAGGAGUGCUGAUGUCUCUCCGGUCAGGAAAGCCACCGACAGGCUGAAAGCAGACUUUCUGUUAUCUGAUCAGAGGUCAAGAUCAGCCGAGCGAUACAGCCAGGCCAGGUCCAGCUCUGCGUCACCUGGCAGGGAGAAGCCAAUGACGAUCAAGGAGCGAGCGCGGAGAUUUGCAGAGGCAUCUGGGUCAGACGCUAAACCAACAUUGCCUAAAACAGCAGCCACGACAGGAAUGUCUCAGAAACUCACCUCAUCUGUUGCUGCAUCAAAGCCACCAGAACUGGAUGGUCAGGAUAAACUGGAUACGAAGGAGCAGAUAAAGACCAAACCGAUGUCAGGGACAAAGUCAAAAGCAGAAGAACGGGAUACCACUACUGUCGGGGGACAGAUUUCCACUUCUAAGGUACAAAUAACAGACUCAAAAACAAAGCAAGCAGUCAGCUCAGAAACAGCAGACAAGGAUAUGAAACCUAACAGUGUUGGAACAGAUCCUCCAGCUGAAGAGGCAGUUGAUUCUGCAGAACAGAACAGUAAUAUUAGCCCUCACUCAAAAGCCCCAAGCAGAACAGGCUCCCGCUCUAAAAAAAGGAAAGGCAAAGAACCAACCAGUCCCAUCAGCCCAAACAAUCAAAACAAACCAGAGUGCUCUACAAGUAAGCCGGAGGUCACUAGGAUAAAACAAGGGCAGGUGGAUGAAGCAAGGGAGACUAACUCUGCCUCCAAACAACUUGCAGAAAACAUCUCAUUACCAUCUAAUAAAGUCCAAGGAAACACGACAGAUAAGCAGCCGAUGAGCGACACCAAACAGCCAGAUGCUUCAUUUAAAAAGAAGAAUAUUGACAAGCCAAUCAGCGGCAAGGAGGGAUUGCCCAAACUGUCUGUCAACAAAGAUGAACCUGAUACUGCUGCUUGUAACAGUGGGACAAAGAAGACUGUUGUCAAGGAUUCCGUUAUUUUACCCCAAAAGGAGGGAAAAGCAGAGGAACACAGCCUUGUAUUCACACAGGCAGGAAAAAAGGCCUCUGAGGACAGCAGAGAAACUUCAGCCUCCUCCUCCUCCUCACCUUCGACUGAAAAACCCACUGAUAAGUCUCCUGCAGUGGGGAAGGAUUCACUUGUUGAACAGCCCAAAUUGGAUAAAGAAGUGCCAAUAAAACCUGAAUCAAAAGCAAAAGGAGAGAAGCCUGAUAAAAAAGAAGCAGGGUCAUGCAAGGACACGGGGCUAAUAAAUCAGGCUGAGAGUAAAGACGUGGAGAAAUUAGAGAAAGUGGAGAGCAAAACAAAUAAGCAGAAUGAAGAAAAAGGCAAAGAAAAAGCACAGCAGCCUCUGGAUUCAGAUAAAAGUACAACAAAGGGCAAAAUUUCAGACAGUGGACAAGGCAUCUCAGAGAAAGAGGAGAGUGUUGCAAGAAAAGCCGAAAGAAAUAAGGAGACACAGCUGGUUAAAGACACAGCAAAACUAGAAGCCAUCCAAGCAGAAUCCACCUCUCUCUCAUCAGAGAAGACCAGCGGAUCAUCAGACCUCCCUGUUCAAACACAACAUGUCACCAACACAGAGACCACACAUCCAGAAAAGGCUGCCGUUCCUACUGUCACCCAGACUAAUGAGGCUGUGAGUAGCACUAAGAGUGAUAAAGGGCCUAAAACACAGACGGCUGCAAGUGUGCCUCCAGAGCUGCAAACACGGCUGACAGAAAGCCCUGGAACAGAAACAGAGCCAGUGGUGAUUGCAGCAGAGCCACAGUCUAAUUCUGUAUCAGUGGAAAAAACAGAGAGUUCACUCGAUGACUCAUGCGCACAUGGAGCUAAUGAUGCAGCAUCGUCCAGCUCGAAGCCUAUUACCAAAGCACCUACAGCAGUUGAGGAAGUGAGUGCAAAAGUCGCUGCGGACUCUCCAGCGCCGACAACUGCACAGACUGACAUGGCACAUAAGAUAAAGAAAGAAUCGUCCGUAAAAGAAUCUCCUCCUAUUCCUGUCUCUAAAUCUGCAAGCACAGAGGGAGCAGGACAGCAUCACAGGGGAACAAGUUCAGCUGCCAAAUCAGUGCCCUCAGAAGUCAAAAUCUCCGGAGGCUUGUUGAAACCAGCUCCUAGCCGCUCACAUACUGAAGCACUAAAAAAUACAGAGGGCAAAAGCGAUGCAGCUUCGGUCAAGGAUGCAGAGAAAAUAUCUCUGAGUUUGUCUAACAGCACGACUUCAAGCUCCACAGCCAAUGUAAUGGAGCAGUCAGCUGACAAAACACUCAAUCUGCCCGUCAAUAAACUUUCGCUAGUCGGUAAUGAUGAUAAUUCCCCCCGUUCAAAACAGGAACCAAUCAAUAUCAAGCCUAGUCUGACUCAGAAAGCACCAACUUCCCCAGAGGCUAAGAAGCUGAAUUCAGACGCAAUCCAGCGUUCACCCAUGAAGAAGCUCCAUUUGCCACGGGGACUGAGCAAAGAUGAUUCUUCACAGUGGCAAGAUGCCCCCUCUAGCUGGCUGGAUGUGGACUUUCCCAAAAAGAAACUUAAAGUCCAAGAGACCAGACUUAAAGCUUCUGGAAGUGAGAGCAAUCUUCUUGACACUUCUGGUGAUCUGGAUGAUGAUGAUUUCAUUGAGAGAAUCAAGAACCUCUGCGUCCCGUUCUCCCUCCCACCGCGUAAACACAACCACCUUCGACCACCUCAGCCCCCCUUUGCAAUGCCGGCCAUCAGAGAAGAUCGAUUCGAGAAGACGUUUGACCCUGAGGAGUUCACGUUUGGCUUGAGGAAGAAGAAUCGGUACACCUUAGACACAACGCCGAGCCAUUUAGCCAAUCUCCAACAAAAAGACACAAAAGCAGGCCUGAAGCCGGCCAGGGCGAGUUUGGCAGACAGGAGCAUGCUGCUCAAUAGUCUGGACAUUCACUCUCGUCUCAGGGAGAAGACCCCCGUCAAGGAGGAGGAGGAUGCAACGGAAGAGAAAGAUGAUCAGACCAAGGUGAAGUCUCGCUUGGAGAGGAGCGAGCUCCUCAACAGCCUCACCUCCUUCAGCUUUAGAGGGAAGAGGAAUGGAGCUGAGACACUGGCAGAGGGCACCAGCUCUGGGAAUGUGUCGCCGAGUGAAGCCGCCCAGCUCAGCCCUUCAUCUUCAUCCCAGUCACCCUCUCCCAGCCCAACCGCCACAGCUCCAAUCAAAGACAUACUGCCCAAGCAGAGUGCAGAGGAAGCGCCGACUGCUGAGGUUGUGGUCUGUGACUCAGGUCCUCCACUUCCGUCUUUUAACGACAUCAAGCUGCCUGACUAUUUAGAGAAGUACCUCCCACGAGAUCAGGCAAAAGCAGUGCAGAGCGUACAAGGACAGGAGCAAGUCCAGCCAGAGUUUAUUGGAAACAUGUCAGCUCCAGUUGCUGGAGGUGAAGCAGAGCUGGCUGUGAAACCAGCUCCGAUGCUUCCUAACGCUGAGGCUCCGUCUUUUCCUGGGAUCCCUCCAACCACACACCCAACGCUCCCCGAGCUAAAGCAGCCUCCGGCACUGCCACAGGGGAUACUUAGAAAUAAUAUAAGAAGCGUCAAAGGACCUCACAAACGCCCUGGAAAGAUGGUGUUGUUUGAAAAAGCUCAGUUCAGUGGCCAAGCAUAUGAGAUUUACAGGGAUGUAGCAGAUGCUUCGUCUCUGCAGCUCUCGCCUCUCGUAUCCGUGAAGGUCAUUAGAGGAUGCUGGGUGCUCUACGAGAAGCCUGACUUUCAGGGACGCACCAUCGCCUUGGAGGAGGGCAGCACUGAAUUGGCAAACAUGUGGACUGAGCAGGAAAUGCAGGGAGAACCACACAACAGCCCACCAAUGCAGAUCGGCUCUAUCCGGCUCGCUGUCGAUGAUUACAGCAUCCCCCAUAUUGAUCUGUUUACUGAACCGGAGGGCCGCGGCAGAGUAACGCCUUACCACGAUGAUACGAUAGAAACAGGUUCAUUUAGUGUCCCACUGAAUACGGCUUCCAUCCAAGUGCACUCCGGGGUGUGGUUGGUGUUCAGUGAUCCAGGGUUCCAGGGCAUGAUAUCAGUGCUGGACAGAGGAGUGUAUCCUUUUCCUGAGACCUGGGGCUUUCCAUCCCCCUUCGUGGGAUCUUUAAGACCUCUUAAAAUGGGUGGUUUCAAAGUGGAGAAUCCCAAUGAAGUCAAGGCUGUGGUGUAUGAGAAGCCUGGCUUUGAUGGCCCCUGUUUGGAAAUAGACAGCGAUGUUUUCAGCUUUUGCGAGAAUGAAAGAGGAAUUGCUACAGACGGAGAAAACCUUGACUCCAAGAAACUGACAUCUGUGGGUUCUCUGAAGAUCACGGCAGGAUUCUGGGUCGGCUACAGCGAGCCUGGCUUUGAGGGUCAGCAGCACAUCCUGGAGGAGGGAGAGUACCUGGACUGCAGUGAGUGGGGAGGCUCAGCGCUUCUGUCAGUGCGACCUAUACUUUCUGAUUUCAUGUCUCCACACCUCAAAAUGUUCAGCGACCGAGAUUUUGGCAAGCUGGGAGUGAAUGUUGACCUCACAAUUCCUGUUAUCAACAUGGAUGACACUGGCUACGGCAUGAAGACGCAAUCUGUUGAUGUCGUCGGUGGUGUCUGGGUUGUGUUUGAAGAGCCGGGUUUCUGCGGUGAGGCCUACGUCCUGGAGAAAGGCCUGUAUGGAAGCCCGGAGGACUGGGGGGCACUGCAGCACAGAGUUGGCUCCACAAUGCCUGUCAUGUUGGAGGAUUUUGAGAACACGGCCAAGUUUAAGGUGCAGCUUUUCUCCGAUGCAGGUUUCCAGGGCUCUGUUGUCACACUGGAGGACAGCGUGGCCUCGCUGCAGGACGGUUUCUCUGUGGCCUCGUGCAAGGUUCUGGCUGGCAGCUGGCUAGCAUUUGAGGGGAAGGACUUCACUGGCAAGAUGUAUGUGUUAGAAAAGGGGAACUACUCAGACCUGAGAGCAAUGGGCUGCAUCAGUGCAAGCGCCUCCAUCCUGUCACUGCAGACUGUUGGCUUUGAGUUCUCGCUGCCAUCCAUCACUCUUUUUGAGCGAUGCGGGCUGCGUGGGAAGAGGGUGGUUCUAACAGAUGGAUCUGUCAACCUUCAGCUGGCUGGAGGCUGUGGCCGAGUCCAGUCUGUGCUGGUGGAAGGAGGCAUGUGGGUGUUAUACGAGGGAAUCAACUACCGCGGUGCUCAGAUUUUGCUAAAACCUGGCGAGGUGCCCGACUGGCAUCAGCUCAGCAGCUGGCAGAAGAUCGGAUCCCUCCGCCCUCUUGUACAGAAGCAGGUGCACUUCCGUUUAAGGAACCGACAGACGGGGCUAAUGAUGUCCGUGACCGGCGAUUUGGAUGAUGUCAAACUGCUGCGGAUCCAAGAAACAGAGGAGACAGAUGGUUUUGAGCAGAUUUGGUUCUACCAGAACGGACAUCUGCACUGCAAGCUGUUGGAGGAGUGCUGCUUAAGUCCCAGUGGCAGCGUCACUAUGGCAGGAAGCCGUGUGGGUCUCACACCAGAGCCAGACAACCAGGUCAACCUCUGGAGCAUCACCCCAGACGGCUUCAUCCGCUACACCCUCACCUCUGAUCUCGUCCUGGAAGUCAAAGGUGGCCAUCACUAUGACAAAAACCAAGUGAUUCUGAACAAGUUUGAUCCAAAUAAACUACAACAACGGUGGAGUUUGGAGAUUAUAUGAAAACAUGAGCUGCUCAACUGGAUCCCUGAUAUUCAGAGUCAGAGGCACAGCUCUGUUGGAGACUCAGCGUCAGGAGUUCGAGGGUUCGAGGACGAGGUGCAUCAUUGGAGCUGCUCGACAUUUUGCUGCAGGGCAACAAUAAAAUUAUCCAAUGAAGAGGUCAACUUGGAGAGAAAUGGAUAAUUUGGUCAGAAUGUAUUACAACCCUCUGAAUGUACAACCAGCGGGGUCUUGAACUUGAAAUGCUUGCUUAUUUCACACUACCAGUAAUAUAAAUUUAAGGUUUAUGUUUUGUCUUUUCAUUGAAUAAAUCUAUUUCUACAUUACUUUAAUUAACUUAAACAGUGUUAACCCAUUUUCAUAUCUUUUUAUUUAGUGUCAUGGUAUACAGUACAUACUGAUGUACUUUCCAGCUGCAUGCAACAUGAUGAAACAAAAAAAUAUUGUAUCGUGUCUUUUUAUUUUUGUUUGUUCAAAACUAUACAGCCCAGACUCAUUUUGUUUUCAGAAUAACGAAAGUAUUUUUGUCAAUAAAUUUCUUAAAUACA